AUGAACCCAUCUCUCCCUUUCCAACUCCCCCCAACCUCCCCUCUUUCCUCCCCACGCUCCCCACCUCCCCCCUCGCCCCCGUGCCACCAGAGCAGCACGCACUACGCUGCAUCACCGGACGACGCCACGUUCCGUCUGAUGGCGUCCACCUAUGCCCAGGCCCACCCCUCCAUGGCUCUCUCCCGUGACUUCCCCGGCGGCAUCACCAACGGUGCCUCCUGGUACCCGUUGUACGGGGGAAUGCAGGACUGGAACUACGUGGAGGCGCGCUGCAUGGAGAUCACACUUGAGCUGCACAUCGCCAAGUGGCCCUCGCCCUUCCUCCUGCCUCAGCUGUGGGAGGAGCACCGACCGGCCCUGCUCGCCCUCCUCACCACCACCGCCAAGAUGGGGGUGCAGGGCACGGUGCUGUCUGCAGCCACGUCAGCGCCCCUGCCCGCCACCAUCGCUGUGCAUGGCAUCGACAUCCAGGUGAUGGCGUCGAAGCGCUUUGGGGAUUUCUACCGCCUGCUGCCGCCAGGCAACUACACAG